CUUAGAUUUUUCCAUGGAUUUUUGAGUGGUUUUGAAAGAAAAAAAGUAAUAUGGGAGAUUGUAGUUUCGAAUUUCAAGGAGAAAUACAUAUUGGCGUUGAUGAUGUUAAGUUAGAAGAAAAAUUAGGAGACAUUGACGUUUCUGAACAAUUCAUAGAUGAAGAAGGAGUUCAUGAAAGGGAGGAAUAUGUAAACAAGAUAGAAAGUUCCCUGAACUGCCUUGUUGAAGAAAACAAUGUUUUCGGUUUCGAAGAUCACGAGAAAGAUUCCACAAGUUCUGCUCAUUCAAAUAUUGAGAAUGACGGCGAUGAUAAUGCAUCAAGAGAAAAAUGUAAACUUGAUGCUAUUCAUUUAAAAUUAAGGAAUCACAAAUGCCACAUUUGUGAAUUUGCAGCCAGUAAGAAGCAUACACUUGAAUUACACGUGAAAUCUGUUCAUUUGAAAAUUAAAGAUCAAAAGUGUCACUUAUGUGACUUUGUAACGAGUGUAAAAAGCAGACUUCAGAUUCAUAUCCAGACUGUUCAUUUGGAAAUAAAGAAUCACAAGUGCCACUUGUGCGAAUAUGCUGCAAGUAAGAAAGGUAAAAUUGAUGCACAUGUGAAAUCUGUUCAUUUGAAAAUUAAGGAUCAAAAGUGUCACUUAUGUGACUUUGUCACAAGUAGAACGAGUGGACUUUCUUUUCAUAUCAAGACUGUUCAUUUGAAAAUAAAAAAUCACAAAUGCCACAUGUGUGAAUAUGCUACCAGUGAAAAACAUCACCUAGAUUUACAUGUGAAAUCUGUUCAUUUGAAAAUAAAGAAUCACAAGUGCCACUUGUGCGAAUAUGCUGCGACUGUCGAAAAUGAGCUUAAAAAACAUAUAAAAUCUGUUCAUUUGAAUAUCAAGGAUCACAAGUGUCACUUAUGUGACUUUGUCACAAGUAGAAAGAGAACACUUCGAAGUCAUAUCAUGGUUGUUCAUUUGAAAAUAAAGAAUCACAAGUGCCACUUGUGCGAAUAUGCUGCGAGUGCCGAAUAUGAGCUCAAAAAACAUAUAAAAUCUGUUCAUUUGAAUAUCAAGGAUCACAAAUGUGAAAUGUGUGAAUAUGCAACAAAUGAGAAAUGGAAACUGAAUGCACAUGUGAAAUCUGUUCAUUCGAAAAUUAUGGAUCACAAAUGUGAAAUGUGUGAAUAUGCAACAAAUGAGAAAUGCAAACUGAAUGCACAUAUAAAAUCUAUUCAUUCGAAAAUGAAAAAGCACAAGUGCGACUCGUGUGACUAUUCUGCAAAUAAUAAACUCGUCAUCGAACAACAUGUAAAAUCCGUUCAUUUGAAUAUUAAAUAUGAGCAGUGCCAUUUAUGCGAGUAUGCUGCAGGUAGCAAGCAUACUCUCCAGAAGCAUAUAAACUCUGUUCAUUUGAAGAUAAGGAACCACAUUUGCCCGAUGUGUGAACAUGCAGCGAGUGAGAAACAUAAACUUGAUAUGCACAUAAAAACGGUACAUUUGAAAAUCAAGGAACACAAAUGUGAUCUGUGUGAGUAUGCUACAAGUAAAAAAGCAACUCUUCAGAAUCAUAUGAAGAGUAUGCAUUCAGGGAACUAAGAAAUAGAGUGCUUAAUGUGCGAAUACGCAUCUAGUGACAAACAUCAACUUGAGCAACAUGUGAAAUCUGUUCAUUUGGAAGUUAAGGUACCCAAGUGUUCUUCUAUGUGAUUUUGUAACAAGUACAUUAAAUGAUCUUUGAAACCA